GUAACGUCACCGGCGGGGCUUUCCUCCGUGACGUCAGAGGGCGGCGGUGGCGGAGCGGCAGGAGAGAGGGACCGAGUGCGAGCUGCAGAGAUUAAAACAGAGAGCGUUUCUGGAGGAAUAGAGACCCACCGUCACCUGCCAGGAUCCCCCCGAAAGGAGACAGCUGGGAACGGUUACAGAGGACUGUUAAUACCUACAGCUUUAUCGAUAAACGCAAGACCCGGAGUGUCCGUCGCAUCUCUCCCCAGCCUCCUGUCAAAGAGACCCGGUCCACAGCAAGAAAACAGCAUUCAGAGAGAGACCGGCGUUCAACAAGAACAGAGGAAGACGAGCUGAGUAGAGGCUCAGCUGAGGAAAAUUUGAUCCAUUCUGAGGAUAAAUCAUAACAUUCAGACUGACCUGUGGAUGAUUCCGUUUUUCAUUCUUUUUUUACCCUGUAUAUUUUUUAAGGUGAGUCAUUAAUCGGAACAGACAUGAACAUUUUGAUAAUCGCAGUAAUGUGUCACCUCGACGUCUGCCUGGGAGCUGAAAGAAUUGCAACUUCUUUGAGAACCUUUCCUGUUUAAGAGAAACAUUGGGAGCUUAAGGGGAUUUAUUUUUCACAUUGAACUUUCAUUUUCAAUUUUGACGUCACUGUUAUUUUACUCUUUACGGGUAACGUUUUCUUUUCUCAUAAAAGGAAGAGAAGGAGGUGACUGGACAAGUUUCUCUAACAGGAACUCAGAUAUCAUUUGCAUUCCAGUUUGGUUCUCACAGGGGACAAGUCCUCCCUUGUGACUGAGUGUGUUUUUGUGAAGCUGAGUGUCCCUCUGCAAGACAUUAACGUGUCUCGGGGGGCAAUACCCGGGCCUGUGUGUCUCUUCUGGGAUCAUGGGAUCAGAAAAGGACUCCGAGUCGCCUCACUCCUCGGUGAGCGGCAUCCCUAACCCUAAGUGCCGUGCGGCUGGCAAACGCCACGGCCGCAUCUCCUUCCACAGCCUCUUCCACAGCAAACGGGGUGCCAGGGGUCCCAAAGGAGCAGCAGCCACCCCUUUAUCCCAUCUACACCAACAUCACCACACACAACAACCGCUUCUCCCUUCUGCCUUGAGCUCAGCACCCCCUGCAGCCUCUGCUACUCCCACAACGACCACCGCCACCACGACCCCCCAGGACGCUGCCUCCGGCACGCCCUCAGAGCCCCUCUCCUCCAGCCAGCCGUCCCUGGAUGGAGCCCCUUCCUCUGGGGAUGCCAGCCUCCUGGAGUGCCCCCUGUGCCUGGUGCUCCAGCCCCCCGAGCAGCUGCCUGAGCUGCUGGGCUGCAGCCACCGCUCCUGCCUCUGUUGCCUGCGCCAGUACCUCCGCAUCGAGAUCACAGAGAGCAGAGUCCAGCUCAGCUGCCCUGAAUGUGCCGAGAGACUGUCUCCGCGACAGGUGGCGGACAUCUUGGACGACGCGGCCCUGCUGGAGAAGUAUGAGGAGUUCUUGCUGCGGAGGUGCCUGGCCUCUGACCCGGACUGCCGAUGGUGCCCGGCGCCUGACUGCGGGUUUGCCAUCAUCGCCUCAGGCUGUGCCAGCUGUCCCCGGCUGGUGUGUCGCAGAGAGGGAUGCGGAGCAGAGUUCUGCUACCACUGCAAGCAGGCCUGGCACCCCAACCAGACCUGCGACUCUGCCCGCCAGCAGAGGGCGCAGUCCCUGCACACACACAGCAACCACUCGCCCAGCUACACACAGGAGCAGGGCCCCGCUGAUGACAUCAAGCCGUGCCCUCGCUGCGGCGCCUACAUCAUCAAGAUGAACGACGGCAGCUGCAACCACAUGACCUGCGCCGUCUGCGGCUGUGAGUUCUGCUGGCUCUGCAUGAAGGAGAUCUCCGACCUGCACUACCUCAGUCCAUCUGGCUGCACGUUCUGGGGGAAGAAGCCUUGGAGUAGGAAGAAGAAGAUCCUGUGGCAGCUGGGGACCCUGAUCGGAGCUCCGGUGGGCAUCACGCUCAUCGCAGGCAUCGCUGUCCCUGCCAUGGUCAUCGGCAUUCCUGUGUACGUCGGCCGCAAGAUCCACGCCCACUAUGAGCUGAAGAAGACAUCCCGCCACAGGAGGAACCUGGCCAUCACCGGGGGGGUGGCCCUGUCCAUCAUCACCGCCCCUGUCAUCGCAGCUGUCAGCGUCGGUAUUGGUGUUCCCAUCAUGCUGGCCUACGUGUACGGCGUGGUGCCCAUCUCUCUGUGCAGAGGAGGGGGCUGCGGGGUCAGCAGGGGGAAGGGGCGAGGAGUACGCAUUGACUUUGAUGAUGACGAUGGUCCAAUCACAGUGGCGGAUGCGUGGCGAGCCCUGAAGUCCCCGAGCUUCGGUGACAGCAGUCUGGACGGGGCGCUCAGCGGUAUGAGCACCACCUCCCCCAGCGAGGGGCUCUCCGUGGCCCCCGGGAGUCUGGGGGACACGUCACACUUCUACCCCCUGGCAGGCGGCACCCUGGGAACCCGCAGCGGAAAGUACAGUAGGCUGGAGGGGCAGGCGGGGGACUCGGCCCAGAGGGAGACGGGCAGCCUGGGGGCGGGGAGCGACUGCGCCAGCACCCGGGGGAUGGCUGGCUCCAUCAUCUCCUCCUACACCCUGCCUGACAGGGAGUGCACCAACCUGGAGAUCCAGGUAGACAUCGAGACCAAACCCAGCCAUCUCUGCCUGACCAGUGAGGAGGACCUGACCCCGCCCCCGGGCUCUGCUGCCAUGGCGACCGCCUCCAGCGUGGAGGAGCCUCAGGACUGCAGCUCCAGGAGGGGCGGGGCUUUGUCUGGCUCCGUGCUGGGCCUGUCCCCGGGGGUGUCCCUCAGGGAGGGGCUCAGAGAUGUGACGCUGGCCCAGCCCGAGAGCAUCCGCAGCGACCUGGAGAUGUCGGACACUCAGUCAGACGACAUCGCAGAGCUGACGUCGGACGACUGUGACUCCCCCCACCCUAAAAGCUGUCACCUGGCGGCCGGUCAGCAGCUGACCCCCUCCGAAGGCCUUCACUGUCCCGCGGACAGCACCGUCAUCCUCUACGUCUGAGAGGACAGCUCCCGAGAUUGUAGAAAAGAAAAAGGAACCAAUCUCUUCUCCACUUUCCUUCAAGACCUUUUCUUUCUUUUCACUGAAGAAACUGAAACGUUGACUUUAUUUAAAUAUAUUAUGUCAACAGAUUUCACAUAACUGUAUUAGGUUAGUUGAAAGCAAUAAUAUGAAGUUGAACCUAAUAUUUUAUUUAAACUUAAUAUUAUUGCUUUCAACUAACCUAAUACAGUUAUGUGAAACCUGUUGACAUAAUACAUUGAAUUAAAGUCAAUCCUUCCAUUUUUCCAGUGUGUCAUUUCUGUUCUUAUUUCUGCGCCUCACAGACGACGUCUUAAACGCAGACAGGGUUUGUUUACUGUUGUCUGUCUUAUCUAUCUACCUGUCAAUUGUCAGGGUUCUACCUCUGAGAUUUAUAAGAUGAUUUAUGUUUACUCCUGAGUGCAAAAUGCCUUGGCUACUUAAGCAAAAGAAAAAAGAAUAAUAAGGUACACAUUUCCAGAAAUAUCGCAGAUUAUACAAUUAUAAAAAGGUGAAGUGUCACCGAGCACAGCAGAGGGAAACAGAUGUUUAAUGAGGAUGAAGAGGGAGUUUCUCACAGUGUGUGAAUUCAUGUGGACUUUGUACUUUUGUGGCUUUAUUUUCUUCUUUUCUUUCUCUAUUUAUAUUCAGAUGACGUUGAAAUUGUAUCAUUUGCUGCGUGCAUGAGUCUGCAUGAGCCGAGCCUUGUGUGACAGGUUUGAAAGGGCGGUGAGUUUCUGUUACACUGGUGAAAGUUAAGAGUUUACUUCAGAGGAUUAAGCUGCACUAGAAUCUCACUUUGCCUGCACAGAGGAAGAGGAAUAUGAGUUUGAAUGACGGAAAUAAAUGAUUGAGUUCUGACAAUAAUGAGGCGAGGCAGUGAAGCCAUUUGAUCUUUUCAAAUCUAUUAAAGUGUUGGACCUUUCUGAGCUCUAAACAUUUUUGAACAGUUGAGGACAGACGACUACAUUAAACGGGACUGUUCUUCUGUUUUAUACUGAAAUAUAUAUACCAAACAGAAAUGUAUAAUUGCAUAAACGUCCCUCUAAGGACUAACUAUAUAUAAUCUUAAUUUAAAAAAAGCAAAUACAUAACUGUUUUUGGCUAAAUGUUCUUGAUGAAAACUUGAUGAAAAAAAUGGAUAGAUUAUCCUUAUCCAAGUUUUUUAUCAAAACACCAACACAUUAUUAGUCAGAUUUUAUUUCGGAUUUAAUAAAAUUCACUUUUUAGAUGUCUGAGAUUUUAGCCGUUCCAACAAAAACACAUUUCACCUGUUUACUUUUUUAAUGGUUUCAUAUUAACUCAUUUUGGCCCAAAAAGAUUGAAAAAGGCCAAUAUUCGUCUAAAGAACCACCUGUUGUCAGCCGAUUAAAUGGCCAUACUUAACUUUCCUGAUAAGAUGAGAUACACCUUAAUUGAUAACCAAAUAGUUUUUUUUAAAUCACAGUUUAAUACCGUAUUUAAAUGUGUUUCACAUUGUACGGGUCGUUGCAAAAAUAUUAACAAAUACCUAUUAUCAUUUUCCAGAGCUAUUCAAAUUGUUAGAAUUCUUUGACCAACAGUCCAACAUCCCACAGAUAAUUGGUUUGAUUUGAUAUUUGAUGAAGAAAAACAGCAAAUCCUCACAUUAUAGAAGCUCGAAAAAGAGAACAGAGAUAUGGAAACGGCCAAUUGAUUAUUGAAAAUAAAUGUUGAUUACUUUUUGUGACGACUCAUCAUUUCCCUAUAGUUUCUCAUCAUUAUUCAAUUCUCUUAAUAGAUUUUUGAAUGUAUGAAUUUAGUCUGGCUUCCUAUCCGGCUUACAUAACAGCGGGUCAUUGUCAGAACUCUGUGUGUGUGUGUGUGUGUGUGUGUGUGUGUGUGUGUGUGUGUGUGUGUGUGUGUGUGUGUGUGUGUGUGUGUGUGUGUGUGUGUGUGUGUGUGUGUGUGUGUGUGUGUGUGUGUGUGUGUGUGUGUGUGUGUGUGUGUGUGUGUGUGUGUGUGUGUGUGUGUGUGUGUGUGUGUGUGUGUGUGUGUGUGUGUGUGUGUGUGUGUGUGUGUGUGUGUGUGAUGGUCCAGUGUUUGAUAGUUUGUUGCCUUAUACACACUCACUGACCAACACAUAACACUCAAAUGGACUCACUGUGGUUUAGUGUUGACUGGCUGUCUGACCCACUUGAAUGAUGUGUGUGUGUUCUAGCAUUACUAUACUUGUGGGGACCUAAAUCUGUUUACACAGUCACGUGUGGGGACUCGCCUCCCUUAUGGGGACAAAUGGGAGGUCCCCAUGAGGGGAAUCAUUAAUUUUAGGGUGAAGACUUGGUUAGGUUUAGGGUUAGGUUAAGGGUUAGGCAUGUGUUGGUUAUGGUUAAGGUUAGGAUAAGUCUCCAGGAAAUGCAUCUAAGUCAAUGUAAUGUCCCCUGAAGUGAUGUAUACAUGGUAUGUGUGUGUGUGCGUGUACUCUUGAUGAAUGUAUUUGGUUUUUGAAUGAGCACUUGUGCACUUUAUCUGAAUUCAUCAUAUUGAUCGUCUUUAUUUGCAUCACAUUUGACAACGAGUCAGUUGCACACAAAAGUCUGUUGUACAACCAAAAUAAACCAAUCACCUACCAGAAGGCCUUUUAUGUUGGAUGUAACUAAAGAAGAGUUUGGCUCCAAAACAUCAAAUAACCACACGCAUAAAUCAUUUCUCAAGUGUAUCUUUCAGUAUAUUAGAAACAUGUUUUUUCUAUCAGUGAUCACAGGACUAUAACUAUCCUAUUUUUAUAUUUUUCAUCUUUUAAAGUGUUAUUGUUGGAGCCAAACACUUCUAAUAUGGAUCAUACUCACUAGCUUGAAUUGUUUUUAGCUUUGUAAUGCCUCUGUGCUUCAAUUUUUAAAAGGUUUUCUGAGGUUUCUUGAAUCUGCAAAGGAUCUUGGGAAACCUUUCUCAUGUCAGAGUAGCUUUAUGGAUUCAGCUGCUUAUGUUACUCGGCAGUGCUUUGUUUGGUCUGCACUUCUCACUUGUUACUUCCCGCCCGUGAGAAAAACACACCAAUGUACCACAGAUGGAAACCCGGACUUCCUGAAAGAGUUUGAAUGAGCGUUAAUGGAAGUAUGUCCCACUAGGAACACAGGUGGUCCUGUUCUUACUUUUAAAAAAGGUUUUAGAGUAUAUAGAUAGCAAUAUUUAAGUGUUAUUAUAUCGUUUCUGUAUUUCCUGUCACCUUUAAAGCCCUGCUCUGCGUGGGGUUGUACAUGCAGGACUGUGAAAGACAACUUGUGGACGUUCUGGGGGGAAAUAAAUAAACACAAUCUGAUGUUGCACCAAA